AUGUCGUCCGCCAAUCCCACCGAAUCCUGGACUAAGGAAGACGAAAGUGUGCGUACCGAAUCAACCUACGAAGACGGCCGCGAGCAAGUGAGAACCUCUAAUCCUACCGGUCUCGCGCGCAUCCAAUCCGGCGUCGACGUCGAGCGCGCAGAAAAGGACUUCGCGGAGCUCAACAAACAGUUUUCCAAUAUCUCUCAGCAAACGAGACGACUCUCGAAACAGGCAUCACGGCAAUCAAGACGCGCCUCCGUGCACGAUAUUGAAAAGACCGGAAGUUCGCCCGCAUCUACCACCGAGCAGUGGGAUCUGGAAUCUGCUCUUCAUGGCUCGAAAGCUGCCGAGAAUGAGGCCGGUAUCAAGCCGAAGCACAUCGGUGUUAUUUGGGAUGGUCUUACAGUCCGAGGAUAUGGUGGAGUCAAGACCUUUGUGCAAACAUUUCCAGAUGCCGUAAUUGGCUUCUUUAACGUAUACGAGACACUCAAAAAUCUCUUGGGAUUGCAGAAACACGGCGCCGAAGUCGACAUUCUUCACAAUUUUAGAGGCGUCCUGAAACCCGGAGAAAUGGUCUUGGUUCUAGGUCGACCCGGUUCUGGUUGUACUACGUUCUUGAAAGUAGUCACAAAUCAACGCUAUGGAUAUACAUCAUUUGACGGCGGAGUUACAUACGGACCGUUCGAUAGCGACACCUUUGCAAAGAGGUUCCGCGGUGAAGCUGUUUACAACCAAGAAGAUGAUGUUCAUCAUCCCACCCUGACCGUUGGCCAAACCCUCUCUUUCGCUCUCGACACCAAGACUCCAGGCAAACGACCCGCUGGCGUAUCGAAAAAGGAAUUCAAGGAAAAGGUCAUACAAAUGUUAUUGAAGAUGUUCAACAUUGAGCAUACAAUCAACACAGUCGUCGGCAAUGCAUUCGUCCGAGGUGUUUCUGGAGGUGAGCGCAAACGUGUGAGUAUAGCAGAAAUGAUGAUUACCUCUGGGACUGUCCUGGCUUGGGACAAUACAACUCGAGGUUUGGACGCAUCUACCGCAUUGGAUUUUGCAAAGUCACUCCGGAUCAUGACCAAUAUUUACAAGACAACGACAUUUGUUUCUUUGUACCAGGCCUCAGAAAACAUUUAUGAACAAUUUGACAAGGUUAUGGUCAUUGACGAAGGUCGUCAGGUCUUCUUUGGCCCUACUGCUGAAGCAAGAGCCUAUUUUGAAGGACUUGGUUUCAUGCCGAAGCCUCGACAGACAACACCUGAUUAUUUGACCGGCUGUACCGAUCCAUUCGAAAGGGAGUAUCAAGAGGGUCGCAGCUCUGAAAACGUGCCGUCUACGCCGGAAGAACUAGUGAAGGCUUUCGAUGAAUCGAAGUACCGCACAUUGCUUGACGAAGAAAUUGCCGCCUAUCGUACUCAAAUUCAAGAAGAGAAGCACGUCUAUGACGAAUUUGAACUUGCUCACAGAGAAGCCAAGCGCAAGCACACCCCCAAGUCUUCGGUUUACUCAAUUCCUUUCUAUCUACAAGUCUGGGCCUUGAUGAAGCGCCAGUUCCUUGUGAAGUGGCAAGAUAAGUUCACUUUGACGGUCUCUUGGGCUACGUCUAUCAUUACAGCUAUCGUUUUGGGAACCGUUUGGUACAAAUUGCCAACUACCAGUUCUGGUGCCUUUACUCGUGGUGGUUUACUGUUCAUAUCGCUACUUUUCAACGCUUUCCAAGCUUUUGCAGAACUGGGCUCGACUAUGCUCGGCCGUCCGAUCGUGAAUAAACAUAAAGCCUAUACCUUCCACCGCCCAAGUGCUCUAUGGAUUGCUCAAAUUUUGGUCGACACUGCUUUCGCUGCUGUGCAAAUAUUGGUUUUUAGUAUCAUUGUUUACUUCAUGUGCGGCCUAGUCCUUGAUGCCGGUGCUUUCUUCACCUUCGUCCUCAUCAUUGUAUCCGGUUACCUUUGUAUGACUUUGUUCUUCCGAACAAUUGGUUGCGUGUGUCCUGAUUUCGACUACGCUAUGAAAUUCGCCGCCACUAUUAUUACACUCUAUGUGCUUACUGCUGGGUAUCUUAUCCAAUAUCAAAGUGAGCAGGUUUGGUUGCGAUGGAUUUUCUAUAUCAAUGCUCUCGGUUUGGGAUUUUCGGCUUUGAUGGUAAAUGAAUUCAAACGACUCACCUUGACCUGUUCCGAGUCCUCCUUGGUGCCUUCAUAUGGCGACAUUGCUCACCAAACGUGCACUCUUCAAGGGAGUUCUCCGGGUUCGAAUAUCAUUCCCGGCUCCUCCUACCUCAGUGCUGGCUUCAGUUACGAAACUCGGGAUCUAUGGCGUAACUUUGGAAUCAUCGUGGCCUUGAUUGUUUUCUUCUUAUUUACCAAUGCUUAUCUGGGAGAAUCCGUGAACUGGGGAGCUGGCGGCAGAACCAUCACCUUUUUCCAGAAGGAGAAUGAUGAACGGAAAAAACUGAACGAGGAACUGAUGGUUAAGAAGCAGAAACGUCAGAACAAGGAAGUCGACGAUUCUUCCUCGAAUUUGAACAUCACCUCAAAGGCCGUGCUUACCUGGGAGGCUGUCGACUACGAUGUCCCUGUUCCGUCUGGCACUCGUCGGUUGCUGAAUUCAGUUUAUGGCUAUGUCCAACCAGGCAAACUGACAGCUCUGAUGGGAGCUUCUGGAGCCGGAAAGACCACACUUCUGGACGUAUUGGCAGCUCGAAAGAGUAUUGGAGUCAUCUCGGGAGACAUUCUAGUCGACGGUCGCAAACCUGGUCCAUCCUUCCAGCGUGGUACCUCGUACGCAGAACAAUUAGAUGUUCACGAGUCUACCCAAACGGUACGUGAAGCGUUGCGCUUUUCGGCUGAGCUCCGUCAACCGUAUGACGUGCCGUUGGCAGAGAAGCAUGCUUACGUCGAAGAAAUCCUGUCACUGCUGGAAUUGGAAAAAUUGGCAGAUGCCGUGAUUGGAUUCCCAGAGGUUGGGUUGUCUGUUGAGGAGCGUAAACGAGUGACCAUUGGUGUAGAACUCGCUGCCAAGCCCGAGCUUUUGUUGUUUUUAGACGAGCCUACGUCUGGUCUUGACAGUCAAUCUGCUUUUAACAUCGUUCGUUUCCUGCGAAAGUUAGCUGCAGCCGGUCAAGCAAUCCUAUGCACAAUCCACCAGCCUAACUCAGCGUUAUUCUCAAGCUUUGACCGACUGCUCUUGCUACAAAAAGGAGGAAACUGUGUCUACUUUGGUGAUAUUGGAAAUGAUAGUCAUGUUUUGAUCGACUACUUCCGACGCAAUGGAGCCGAAUGCCCUCCCAACGCAAACCCCGCUGAGUGGAUGCUUGAUGCCAUCGGUGCCGGUCAAACUCCUCGCAUUGGAGAUCGUGAUUGGGGCGAUAUUUGGCGUGAUUCACCAGAGUUGGCUCAAAUCAAGGCAGAUAUUACAAAAAUGAAGACUGAACGCGCCGCACAAAAUAAGGAGGAUGAGAGCACUGCACCACAAGAGGUAGAAUACGCAACACCUACCUGGUACCAAGUCAAGACUGUUGUCCGACGAACAAACUUGGCUUUCUGGCGAUCACCAAACUACGGCUUCACUAGGUUAUUCGUACACGCAAUUAUUGCACUUCUCACCGGUCUGAUGUUCCUUCAACUAGAUGAUUCACGAUCAUCUCUUCAAUACCGUGUUUUUGUUCUGUUCCAGAUUACCGUCAUUCCGGCCAUCAUCAUUCAACAGGUUGAGCCUAAGUAUGAGAUGUCACGGUUGGUUUCGUACCGGGAAGCUGCAUCGAAAACCUACAAAUCGGUUGCGUUUGCAGUUGCCAUGGUUGUUGCGGAGAUUCCGUACAGCUUGCUUUGUACUGUUGCCUUUUUCUUGCCAAUUUAUUACAUUCCAGGUUUCCAGAGUGCUUCAGACCGUGCAGGUUAUCAGUUCUUCAUGAUUCUGAUCACUGAAUUCUUCUCAGUCACAUUGGGCCAAAUGGUUGCUGCAAUUACCCCGAGUUCAUACAUCUCAUCCCAACUCAAUCCUCCGCUUAUCAUUGUGUUUGCGCUGUUCUGUGGUGUCGCUAUCCCUAAACCCCAGAUUCCCAAGUUCUGGAGAGCGUGGCUGUACCAGCUUGAUCCCUUUACCAGACUCAUUGGUGGUAUGCUGGUGACAGAGUUACACGAUCGUCCAGUCGUCUGCAAAACCUCAGAACUCAACACCUUUUCUGCACCUGACGGCCAGACUUGUGGUGACUACAUGGCCCCUUAUUUUGCAGCUGGUGCACCAGGCUAUAUUGUUGAUAAUGCGACAAGCGCCUGCCAGUAUUGUGCUUACAAGGUUGGAGAUCAGUUCUAUUCCGCCUUUGACUUGAGCUACGACAACCGUUGGAGAGAUUUGGGUAUCUUCUUGUGCUUCAUUGUCAGCAACAUCAUAAUUCUUUUCCUUGGAGCACGAUACCUGAACUUCAAUAAGCGUUAA